GAAGCGUCAGCCGGACACCUUGCAACUGAACUCUUCACCAACAGACAUCAGUUCAACAAGGAACUUGAAGAUCUAGAAAGGGGGGAUAAAAGCCCUGCGGCUGCAGAAGACACCCCACCCUGGUGUGGGGCAUUGUUCAAGCCAGACCCUUCCGGUUCCCAGAGACAUGAAGCUGUUUCUCCUCCACCUUUCUGCUGCCCUUGUAGCUACAGCAAACUCUCUAAACUGUGUCUGUACUGGAAGCCCAGAAUGCAGCACUGGUACCUGUUCAAUUCCAGAGUCAGAAGCCAUCUGCGUAACGGUGGCCCAGCAGAAUAACAUGGAAGGAAUCCUUGCCACAGGAAUAUCCAGGGGUUGCCAGCAGGAUUCUCAGCUUUGCAAUGAAGCCGUCUCUGUUACUGUGUCUGGAGGCUUGUUUACAAGGACCAUUUCCAGAUGCUGCACGACAGAAAACUGCAAUAAAACUCCCCUUGAAUUACCGCCCAGGAACCUCACCAAGAACGGAGUGAAUUGUCCCGCCAGUUUUGCACUUGGCUCUAACCGCUUAGAAGAAACAGGGACUCUGAGUUGCACAGGAGAUGAAAAGAGCUGCAUUUCUGCGGCCGGGGAGCUAACUGCAGGAGAUGCUGCCCCUCUUCCUUUUAUAGCAUCAGGCUGUGCCUCAGCAACUGCCUGCAGUUUGCCUGUGAAGACGUACCUCACUACUGGAGCCAUGGACUUCCUCCUGAAGCAAAUCAAAUGCAGCCCAGCCCCUGCCACCAACAGUGGCUGAAAUGAGCAAGUGGGAGCAACUUCCUCUGCUUUUUGCAGGGCCACUGUGAUUCUUUGUCAUGCCCUGCUGUGAAUUCUUUGAAUAAACUAGUAUAAAAAAGAAUGCUCCCCUCCAAUCACUAUCCCACUUUACAUUGCUUUAAAGCAGGCAUGGUGAACCUUUGGCUCCGAACUACAAUUCCCAUCAGCCCCAGUAAGAAUGGCCAGUGCCCAGGGAUGAUCAGAGUUGUGGUUUAGCCACAAUCUGGAUGGCCAGAGCUUCCCCACACCUGCUUUACAGUUAGGAAACUACAUCUGAUCUGCCAGGGGUGUAGGAAGAUAGGGGCGGGGCGGAUCGCCCCGAGCAACGCGAUCCCAGGGGUGCCAUCGCUGCUGCCCGCCCCGCCCCCAAAAGGUGGGCCCCGCCCCAAAAUGCGCACAAGGGCGCCCCCCGCCUCCAGAACAUGCGCCACAUCACUGGGGGCAGCGCACGUGCUCUCCGCCCCCGGUGGUGGAGCAUGAAGCUCCGCCGCUGUGAUCUGCUACUCAAGGCUUUCCCAUAAUUAUAUAGUCCUUCCCUCUCCCUUUCUUUCUUUCUUUCUGAAAAUAAGUUUAACUUUUCAUGAUUAAGUUUAGGUAAGCCUAAAUGCUUGAUCCGAUACAUCUUUACUUAAAUUGUUGUAGAACGUACAAUUCACUUGUGGGUUAUUAUAAGCCUCACUUGUCAUCUGAUCUAGCUCAGCUUUCUGUACCCUUGUUUUCUUUCACUUGUAAUUAUGAGCAUUGAUUUCAAAGAUUAAGACGAAACCCACAAAAA